AUGAAUCGCUGCGUUUUUAUAUUAUACUUGACAUUGGCAUGCUGUUUGGCAGCCGAUUUGGAGUACGGAAACCGGCCAAGAGGGGUUCCUGAGGAGAGUAAGCAAAGUUAAAUUUUUUAUACGUAUAAUUUUGUUUUUUUAUUCUAAUUUUUUUCCUUGCAGAAGCUAGUUUGUACGAGGAGAAAGAAGAAUUUGCUUGUUUGGAUGGAUCCAAAUCAAUUCCAUUCGAGCAAGUAAACGAUGACUACUGUGAUUGCCCAGAUGGAAGUGACGAGCCAGGUAUUACUUUGUUUUUCAUUCUGUUCUUAGAGAUCAGGCCGAAAAUGUAUAGACUGAGUUUAAUUGAAGCCGUUCUGUGUGCUAUAGUAUAAAUUAAGGUACCUCUGCUUGUCCCAAUGGUAGAUUCCAUUGUCGUAAUCAUGGGUUCAUUGCCAUGGAUCUUCCAUCUAGCCGGGUGAACGAUUUUAUCUGUGGUAAGCAUUAUUUUUAUUUUUUUGACUUUUGUUUAACUAAUACAAGAUAAGUUUGACUUUUUGUUUAGAUUGUUGCGAUGGUUCUGACGAAUGGGACAGCGAGACCAAGUGUCCGAAUGUUUGUGAGGAGAUCCACAGCAAGGUUAAGGCCAAGUCCGAUGAGUACAGAAAGAUGGUUUCUGAUGGAUACGAAAAGAGAAAGAAGUUGGCGGAAGAAGGCCAGAAGUCUAUGGAAGAAAAGAAAACGGAACUCGAAAACUAUAAGAAACAAUUAGAAGACCUAAAACCAGUCGAGGAAAUCAAGAAGGCCGAGAAGGAAGAGGCCGAAAAUAAAGAAAACGAGGCCAAGAAGGUUGAAGACGACAAAUGGGAUGAACAAGUCAAGGAAAACAGAAAGGCUGAUGCUCAAAAGUACUUCAAGAUUGUCGAUGCUGAUGGUGAUGGAAAGUAAGUGCACUGUAGCAAUUUUGAAUUGAUUUUUUCGUUUAGAAUUACUAAGGAAGACUUCAAGAAAGCUGUGAAAGCAGAAGCCGAUAAGGACAUUACUGAUGACCACUUGAGAGAUCUCUUUGGAGAAGAUGAGAGCAAUGCAGUGACCGAAGACGCCAUUCACGAUAAGAUUCAUGAAGUCAGAAAAUGGUUUAAGAAAGCGACCAAGCCUGCGGAAAAGCCCGAGGAAGAGGCCGACAAACAAGAAGAAGAUGAUCUUCUUGACCCUGAACCUAUUGUGGACGAUGAAGAUUAUGACUUUGAAAAGAAGCCUGAAUACUCCGAGGAGACCAAGAAGUUAAUUGAGGAGGCUAACAAGAAGAGAGAUGAGUAUAGAGAAGCUUCUAACCAAGUCAGGGACGUUGAAAACAAGAUAAGGUCAGCAUUUUUCUAAUUUCAAUAAUAUGUUAUUCUGUUUUUAGUGAUUUUGAGCGCUUCCUUCAAUUCGAAUACGGUCCAGAUCAGGCCUGGGCUCCUUUGAAGGGUCAGUGCGCCGAGUUGGACCAAGCUCAAUACACUUACCGAGUUUGUCUUUUCGAAAAGACCGUCCAAAAAGAGAAGAGUGGACAUGAGAUCAGAUUGGGUGAUUGGAAGGAAUGGGAAGGAGACAGCUAUACGUUUCAGAAAUACGGAGAUGGACAGACUUGCUGGAAUGGACCUCCUCGAUCCACUCGGGUUGUCAUUGAAUGUGGAUUGGAAUUGGAGCUGUAUGAGGCCACUGAACCCAACAGAUGCGAAUACGAAUUCAAGUUGAGAUCCCCAGCUGCAUGUCCAGAUCCAAGUACCAUCAAGGACACUUAUGCUAUCCACACAGAGUUGUAA